AUGCAGUCUUAUGCCUUAUUAGAAGCACUACGACAAAAACUUAAAGCUCGAGUCCGUUAUUUUUGCCAGAUUUUGCAUAUAGGAAUUAACGAGCAGCCUUUUAAAGACCCAGUUAUCUUGUGCCUUGGUGAGCAUUCUAUGUUUGUUCUAAACGAUCAAAUGACAAUCCUUUUAGGUGAAAUUUUUUAUGCUCAUAUCACCAGACUUAUAGAGCAGCGAGACAAGCAUGGCCCUCAAGAUGUCCUUAGACUAGAAAUUAGCGAUGAGCGGCCUAGAGGAAUUCCUGCGAAAAUGACUAUAAUUUGAUACAUUAAAAGCCUCGUCAAUAUUUAUAGCAUAUUUUAAUUUAAAUAGGCAAAAUCUCAUAUAAAAGGUAUAUAAUUUUCUUCAGAAAAAGAUGUACUUGUCAGACAUAUAAAAUGCUAUUGGGAAACUGACUAUAUGUGAAGGCUCGGAAAAAUCGGAAACAUGUGAAUCGACAAAGAAAAGAUUGAUUUAAAGCGAUAUAAAGCCAAAGCUAAAGAAUCAGCUAGCAAGGAACGAUACUUAUACCCUUCGACAUCUUCAAGACAAUCGACACUUAAAGGUUUCGGGUAUUUCGUCCCUAACUAUUUAAAUGUCAACCAUAGAGUUAUGGGAGAAUAUGAAGGACAAGAUGAAAAAGGAGGUCAUUAUGUUUUGACUGUAAAUGUAGAAGACGCAAUUCAAUUAGAGUUUAUUAAAGAUGAUAUAAGAUCUAAAGCCGAAGAAAUAGCUGAAGGCUUGCUGAAUCCUGGUGAGGAUUUUUGGUAUUUGAAAAAUAACCCUUAUAUGAAAAGAAUGAAUUUGGUUAUGGAUUUAGCAAGCUGGAGAGGCUGAGAAAUUUUAUUGGUAACUCCGAAUAGGUAUAUUGCAGUUGUUUUAAUGAGAAGGAAAUUUAUACCACCGCUUAUGGACUCAGGGCAGGAUAUUGUAUUUAUAUGUAAAGGCGGCCCAAAUGCUAGACAAAUUGCAUUGGAGCCUGCAGACUCUAUAUACUCUACAUCAAUUUCUAAUGAAUUUUAUUACAAUAUUAUAAAGCCUCGCUGUGAUGCCUUAAUCUUUGAUGAAGAAGCUGCAAAUUUUUACCAAAUUCAUUUAAAUAUAAAGCCAGAAAGGAUUUAUUAUGCCUACCAAUUCAUGUACAGCAUAAUGAGGCUUAUUGAAAAAGAUUCAAAUGACCCUCAUAUAAAAAAUUUAAUUAAAGAAGUUGAAGGUAUGCACGAAGCAAAAAUUACACAAAGAUCGCUUGACCAAUUAAACUCUCCAGAGAGGAUCAUUAUUGAGUUUCAAAAUUCAACUGCAUCAGAAAGAGAUACAAUUGGGUAUAAAAAAUGAUGUGAAAAAGUUUGCAGAUAUUUAUAAGAAAAAAAUAUUUUUACUUAUCGAUUUAAUUAAUAAGUAUAAAUAGGAAUAUUUAAAUAUAAAAUAAUUUAAAAUAAUAAAAUGAAGAACCGAUAUUUAGCUUAUUGUGUAGAUGGUGGGCUACUUCAGAGUAGAUUCACAUUAGAAGAUGUUAUUGAGCCCAUCAUGAAGGGUACCUUAAAAGACACAAAAAGUUUAAAUAAGCUGAAAAUCGCUAUAAAAGAAAUGCUUGCGAUAAAAAAACGGUCCAAUGAAAAAGAUGAGGAUGAAGAUAAAGGUGACGAUAUUUAUCCACUGGUAAACAGAAUGCUAGAAGAUGCAGGAAAAGUGAAAGGUGGCUCCUAUGCUCCUAAUAAUUACUGGAUGUUCAAUGAAAAAGUUAUGAUUGGUCUUAUAGAAUGUGGAUACCUACAAAGAGAGCUUGAAAUCAGUGGGGAUUUAUCAGCUUAUCCUAAACUUCUGAUUUAUUUAUUAGAAAGGCCAGGAUCAUCGAUAGACCUAAAAAGUGCUAUAUGUAGAGUUACGGUUGGGGUUACUGAAGCUCAAGACUUGCAGAUGCUGAAAAUUCUUAUCCCGCAUUUGCUUGAAGUUUAUGCGGGGAGAAAUUAUACUUUAGCUACACAAGCUGCAAUUUCUCUAGCUAGUAAAAUAACUCUAAAAUAAUUUGUUUUCUGUUUUCUGAAGCCCUUUACGUAAGAUAAGACUUUCGCUCUAAGCAACAGAUCGGCAGCUACAUGCUCGUUAGAGCUUCUAAUCGCAUCCAACUUCUUCUUCCACUAUCCAGUGCCAGUAGAUAGUGCCUAUAUAGGCAAAACUCUCAGAAAACUGAGGUUCCACUUCACUGAGCCAAAGGUAAGAGAACUACCCUCCCAGGACGCCUCCAUUUUUAAAUUGUGAUUUCUCUAGUAAAUCUAUCUUACAAUAAUAGAGAAAAUAAGCAGACUUUAUAUCAGGCACGUGCUACAAUAGUAAAAAGGCUGUCUACAAAAGACCAGAAAUUAAUGUAUUUUUCACAAUCAAUUUAUAAAAGAUACUAUUUAAUUUAUUUAAAAAAAAUAUGUAUAAAUUUCCUCAUCCAAAAAUUAUUGGCAUAUUCAAUAUUAAUGAUUUUAAAUUUAGCUACUGAAUCAUCAAGAAGGAGAAAUAUAUCUAGAGAAAUUUUAGGGAUAUUAAAAGGGAUUUUAAUGGGAAAUGGAGCAUUAGGAAAUAAAUAUAAUGCGGAAGUGCUGUCUAGAUGUCUGCAAGCAAUUACAGUAUUAAGCAAGGACCAUUCUACUAAUGAGCAGCUAUGUGCUGAUGAAAAACUAAUCACUUCAUUAGGAGGAUUUAUAGGCUAUGGUGACGAAAGUGAAGAAAAAAUGCUAAUUUUGAUUGAAAAUAUGGCAGAAAAAAAUCCAUUUAGUAAGACUUUUAUUGGGAAGUUACUUACGCCCCUUUUAAGAGUAGAAAAUCAUUAAAUAAUACCUAUUUAUUUUGAAGAUUUCCCUUUCAGAUUGUGAAAAAAAUAUUAAAUAUAAAAAUGUUUAUAUAAAAUUUUUAUAAUUAAUAAUUAUUAUGCAAGAUAUCUACUAAUUCUAUUAAAUUUUAUAAAUUAAAUUACAUUUUUCUAUAUUUGCAAAUUUGAUAACAAAAAGCUAUAUUAUGCAUAAUAUUUUUUAAAAAAAUAAAAAAAUCCCCUUUAUAAAUUUUUCACGAUUAACGAGGGGGAGUUAUUGAAAGGCUUAUUAAAAGAAUCAUAGAAAGUCCUAAUGCUGAAAUUAUUAAAGCAAUUAUAAUGGCGAUUAAUAUUUUGGUUGCAAAUCAUGAGGAUAACUUUGCAUUGUUUAAAGAGCAUGGAGGGCCUGAUGCGCUUGAAGGGUGCUUGCAAAACCCUGGAGUUACUGUUGAUCCAGUUGUAUCGAGAUAUAUUCAGUAUUUGAGGGAUGCUUAA